AUGCAAGAUAAAUUGCUGUCCCUUUUAUCCAAACAAUAUAAUGAUCUCUUUAAAUCUGGUGAAUUUUUUGAUGUGAAUAUCGAAGUAGGCGAAGGAUCAAAUACGAAAGAAUUUCAAGCUCAUUCUCUUAUUUUAAGAAUUCGUUCUCCUUAUUUUCAAGCUGCUCUAUCAAAUGGAUGGGUGAAAAGCAAGAAUGGCGUAAUGGUUUUGAAGAAACCUAAUAUUUCACCUGAAGUUUUUGAAGUUCUUCUCAGUUAUGUUUACAGUGGAACUAUUGACCUUGUCAGAACGGACCCGAGAAUUCUUAUCGAAUUGCUCCCAGCGGCUGAUGAAUUGUUCCUUACAGAGUUAUGCGACCAUCUUGAAGAGCAUCUUAUCGAUUAUAAUGUCAGAUCUUCGAUAAAACAGAAUUUUGUCCUUUCACAUCGCAUAGCGAGGCAAAAUCGGUUUGAAAAAUUUACUGAAUUAUGUGAAAGAAUUCUCGCUCAAGAUCCCGGCGCAUUAUUCAACGCUAAAGAUUUCUCUGACAUAGAACAAGAUGUUUUAUUAUCUAUUUAUCGAGAUUGUAACUCUCAAUUUAGAGAAAUAGAUUUAUGGAAUAAAUUAUUAGAAUGGUCAAUCAUGAAUUCUCCAUCAUUACCUUCAGAAAUAUCACAAUGGACGACGGAUGAUAUCUCAACUUUUGGUACUUUGGCAAAACCUUUUAUCCAAUAUAUUAAUCUUAUUUACAUAUCACCAGACGAUUUUUUUCAUAAAAUUAGACCUUUUCGUAAAAUUUUUGACGUAGAGUAUUAUAUACAAAUCUUGGAAUAUCAUACGUUUACGCAACUUAGAGAAAAUACACUUUUCAAUAGACCUAUUCAACCGAAUUUGGAUUCAAAGAUAAUUUCUGAACAACAUACGACUUUGAUCUCUAAAUGGAUUAACUCAUUUAAAGUUGAUGUUGACGUUAAUUCUUCUAAUAAUUCUCCACAACCAACUUAUCAAUUUAAAUUAUUAUUACGAGGAAGUCGUGAUGGUUUCACACCAAAAAUGUUUCAUGCUUAUUGUGAUCAUAAAGGUCCUACCGUUACCAUUGUUUACACCAAAAAAAAGAAAAUUAUUGGAGGAUAUAAUCCUUUAUAUUGGCAUUCAAGAUUUAUUGGACAUUCAAUGGACAAUUAUGAAAGAACUAAUGAAAGUUUUAUUUUUUCUUUAGACCCAAAACUUGCUGAUGAUUCUAUUGUCAGUAAGAUUGUUGAUGAAAAAUAUGCCAUUUAUCAACGUAUUUAUGCUGGUCCUUGUUUUGGUAAUGGUGGUGAUUUAAUAAUUAAAGAGAAAGCUGGUUUCUGUUAUAAAAAAAGUUAUGAAAAAUGUAUUAUACAAGAUGGUGAAAGUAAUGAAUUUUUGAUUGAUGAUUAUGAGGCUGAUCACGAGCUUUGCGCAAAUAGAAGAAAAUACAUUGAAUCUAGCAGUAGCACAAAAGAUUUGGAACUUGCAGAAAAAAUUUUAACUUGGAUGAAAAAUGUAGACAUACCAUUAUCCGCACCAAGUUCUCUUUUUGAUAAACCAAAAAAUGAGGCCAUCAAAAUAUGUCUAUGGAGAGUUGAAUUAAAUGAUUACAAACUCAGGAGAGUUCGAACUUUCAUCGGAAGUUCCUGCAUUGAUGAAAGAUGUAUACAAUUUCAGGACGAAAUAAAGACUCUUUGGAUCUUAAAUCUGAGCGAUAACGAUUCUCUUAAUAGAUAUAAGAAUGAUUUGAAGGAUGAAAACUGUGAAAUAAUUACUUUAAACUUCGAGGGCAAAAAUAGUGAUAGUAAUGAGCAUGCUGGUUGUUCAAUACUGGCUUAUAUCUUAUCGCAAUGCUUUCCACGUGCUACUUUUCAAAACCAUUCUGCAAAUAGA